AUGAACUUUGGAAAUUUACUACUUGUGACUGUCUCAUUCAUCACCAUCGCAUCAGGGUCCCGGGCACGGUUUGAAGACAGCGCUCCUCGGAUUGUGGAGGACCCCUCGGAUUUGAUUGUUUCCAAGGGGGAGCCUGCCACCCUCAACUGUAAGGCAGAGGGCCGACCCCCUCCCACUAUAGAGUGGUACAAGGAUGGCGAGCGCGUGGAGACGGACAAAGAUGACCCCCAUUCUCACCGCAUGCUGCUGCCCAGUGGCUCCCUCUUCUUCCUGCGCAUUGUGCACGGACGACGGAGCAAACCAGACGAGGGCGUCUACACCUGUGUGGCCCGCAACUACCUGGGAGAGGCCAUCAGUCGUAAUGCUUCACUGGAAGUUGCUCUCCUGAGAGAUGAUUUCCGGCAGGCCCCAAGCGAUGUGGUGGUGGCUGCUGGUGAGCCUGCUGUCUUGGAGUGUCUGCCUCCACGUGGUCACCCUGAGCCUACAGUGUCCUGGAAACGCAACAACGUCCGAGUCAGCACCAAGGAUGAGCGCAUGUCUGUGCGUGGGGGCAAACUGAUGAUCGCUCACACCAGGAAAAGCGACGCCGGCAUGUAUGUGUGUGUAGGCACUAAUAUGGUUGGAGAGAGGGACAGCGAUCCUGCUGAGCUGGUGGUCUACGAGCGUCCGGUUUUGGUGCGAAGGCCGGUGAACCAGGUGGUCAUGGAGGAGGAGACUGUCGACUUCCUGUGUGAGGUCCAUGGAGAUCCCGCCCCAACUGUGCGAUGGCGCAGAGAGGAAGGGGAGCUUCCCCGCGGGAGGUUUGAGAUCCGCAAUGGCAACAGCCUCCGUUUGUUCCGUGUCAAAGAGCAGGAUGAAGGGACGUAUACAUGCACAUCUGAGAACAGUGUGGGCAAGACAGAGGCCUCAGCCAUGUUGCAGGUCCACGUACCACCUCAGAUUGCCACAAAACCUAGAGACCAGAUUGCCACCCAGGGGAGGAGCAUCACCUUCCAAUGCGGCACCACAGGAAACCCUCCACCUGCCAUCUUCUGGCAGAAAGAGGGCAGCCAGAUGUUGUUGUUCCCGGGCCAGCCGCCGUCACAGUCUGGUCGUUACUCUGUCUCCAUGAGCGGAGAGCUGACCAUCACUGAUGUCCACCCAGAGGACUCUGGUUUCUACAUCUGCCAGGCCAUCAGCGUUGCGGGAAGUGUGCUGACUAAGGCGCUGCUGGAGGUGGAGGGAGGCCCUUCAGGCCGUAUCCCACCAAUCAUUCGCCAAGGGCCAGCCAACCAGACUGUAACUCGAGGUUCGAUGGUGCAACUGCACUGCCGUGUAAUCGGAGGGCCCUCAGUCAAGAUUUCAUGGGAGAAGGAUGGAGAGACACUUCAGGGAAAUAAACCUCGACUGACCUUGGUGGAGAAUGGCACCUUGCAAAUUAAAGACAUAAAGGACACCGACUCGGGGAUGUACACGUGCGUCGUUACCAGCCCCACAGGGGAGUCGAGCUGGAGCGGGAUGUUGACUGUCAGAGAGGAUGGAGUUUCUUCGGUAUCCAGAGUUUCUGAGUUCAUCCAGCUGCCAGGGCCUCCACAGAAACCUGUGGUCACCGAAGUGACCAAAAACACUGUCACUCUCACCUGGCAGUCCAAUCCACAUGAGGGCGGAGCCGCUGUCACCUCCUACAUUAUCGAGGCCUUCAGCCAAUCAGUGGGCAGUACCUGGCAAACAGUGGCGGACCAUGUGAAGCAGGAGAGGCACACAGUUGUCGGUCUCUUCCCCAACACAGUUUAUCUGUUCAUCGUCCGAGCAGUCAACUCGUACGGCCUCAGUGACCCCAGCCCAAUAUCUGAGCCUGUCAGGACACAGGAUGGGAGUCCUACAGAACAGGGUGUGGACCACAGACAGGUGCAGAGAGAAUUAGGAGAGGUUUCUGUCUACCUGCAGAAGCCUGUGAUUUUGUCUCCUACCAGCGCCAGGAUUUCUUGGACUGUUGCCCGUCAGUCUCGGUACAUUCAGGGUUAUCGUAUAUUUUACCGGACUAUCGGCAGUUCCUGGUUGGUCCACGAUGUUGAGGCUAUGUCUGACCACAGUACCACAUUAGUAGAUCUACACAGUAAAACAGAGUAUGAGGUGAAGAUACGGCCUUACUUCAAUGAGCUGCAGGGACAUGACAGCCUCAUGGUUCUGCUUCGUACCCCUGAGGAGGUUUUAAAUGCACCUCCGCAGGCUAUAUCAGUGGUGCAGCUCACCAACAGCUCCAGUGUCAGUGUGUCCUGGGAGCCUCCGCCACACAACAUUCAAAGCGGCAGCAUUCGAGAGUACAAGGUCUGGUGUCUGAGCAGCAGCAUGGAGCAGGAGAACCAGAUAAACCGAACAGUGGAUGGAGCGGUUCUGUCCAUCCUGUUGACAGGCCUGCUGCCUGACGUCCACUACACCGUCAUGGUGGCUGCUGUCACCAGCCUGGGUGUGGGUGCUCAAAGCUCGCCUGUCAGCCUGCUUCUCACCGUGCCAGUGGACACGUCAUCCACGACUGUAAAGAAAGGCGGUAAUCUUAGCAUAUCAGAGCAAAUCACAGGCGUUGUCCGCCAGCCGGCUUUCAUCGCAGGGCUGGGUGUGGCUGCGUGGUUGGUCCUGAUGGGUUUCGGUGGUUGGAUGUACUGUCGCCACCGCAGGCGGAAGCAGCUGGGACACUAUACCACCUCCUUCGCAUACACCCCAGCAGUUGGCUUCGCUCACAGUGAAGGAUCUGGAAUCAUCAAUGGAGGGCCUGGCUUGAUGGGAUCAAAUAUGGGUAACUACCCCUGGCUGGCCGACUCUUGGCCCACUCCGAACCUCUGCCAUAACAGUAAAGACUCUGUCAACUGCUGCUCUGGCAAGCUGGACUCUGAAAGAUAUUAUAACACACUUGGCAUCAUCAACUACCCGACCCAGUCAGAGAAACACAGCACGGCGUCCAACGACAGUCCCAUCUACAGCACCAUUAACACAGCUGCUGAGGACGAUCUGUUGGCGUACUACGACACCUAUUCCAGCACAUCCUACAUCCAGGGGCCAGACCCUUACAGCAGCAACCCAAUACUGUCAAACAAUGGCCUUGUGGCUCUGGAGCAGGACCUGGACCAAUGGACAAUCCAGUCUGGUCAGUCUGGGUCUGAGUAUGCCAAACUGCAGUAUACCAAGAAAAACAACGACAAACUGGUAAAGCAGAGGUCAACCGGGUCCACGUCUAAGUCAACUCCUCUCACCUGGGUGGAUGUUUUGUCGCUUCCUCUUCCUGCCAACAAAGACAGAGAUCGUACAAAGACGAAGCAGGAAGAAGAGCAACACAGCUCUGAGGAGGAAGAUGAGGACUGGUGUCCUCCGCUGCCAGCCAGAACCUACCUGAUGGACACUUCCAGGGAGGAACUCUCCAGCCUGCCUCCUAAACCAGACGAGCUGUCCAACACUGCAAUUCUGAUGUCUUCUCCUCAGCGGGACGCACUCAAGCCCAGCGACAGUCCACGGCUGCAGCACUUUGACCUCACGGCCCGCCACCACUUGGGCUCCCAGGUCUCCCAGUCCAACCCAGAUCUGUUUACCAACACCAAAGCCCAGGAUGCCAAUGAGCUUUACCACACUAGCCAAUGGGCAGACCAUUUCAAGGGAGAGAGCCUCAGCAAAGGACAAUCUUUUGCUCCAGCUGCCGAGUCGAGCCCCGCAGCCCAGGCACACAGAUCCAGGAGUAAGAAGAAAACCCCCAAGGAUGGACAGCUGAGGCGAGAGCUACACGUCCAAGCAGAACUCCCCCCUCCACCAGCGCCUCCUCCUGCAGACAGCUCCCUGCAGCUCUUGGCUGACGUUUUGAGCCGCAGCCGAGCAGAUGGCGAAAGAAAAGAGGGCAAGGACUCACUCACUCUUCAGAAAAGGGGAGAACAUCUCUCACUCCAGAGGAGAGGCCCUUCAAAAUGGUCAUCACAGGAUGAGAAUAAUGUAAUCCAGUAUGGACAGCCCAGCUUCCUGCCCAAGGUCCAGAUGUCAGGCUACGGGUCCCUGGGUGGAGGAGCCUUUCCGCGGCCCUCCACCGCUGGCCGGAGGAGAGAUGAGAACCUCAUGUAG